AUGAACCAGAUUACAACCGUGACGAAGUUACAACGCGUACUCUUCCUUCUUGUAUCACACAUUCUCUUCGUGUCAUCACAGAACGAAAAUAUUAGCGAGUUGUGGCCGGAAGGAGAACUCAAUUGUUUGCAAGGCUUUCGUCAGUACAACCCGAUUACACAAAAGAAAAUAUACCAUGUCGGUGUUCAUGCCUCUGCGGGUAUUGAAACUGCCAAACGAGAGUUCAACCUUACUUUUGAAGAAUACUUGAAUGAAGCUGUGGGAAAGAGGUGGGAUCCUCCAAUCGAGUUCAAGAUGAAAAUCACGGACGAUUCCAUUCGAGACUGGCUUGACAAUAAAGAAGACGUCGAUUUCAUGUACACGGACACCGGCAUCUACUCAUGUAUUGGUGUCGAGAUUGGGGCGAAACCGAUUGCGACCACUGUUGCCAGGUUGGAGUCUCGAGGACGGAACUACGAGCUCGAUAUCUUCGCGGGUACAAUGAUGGUCCUGGCUGACAACGAUGACAUUGGCAGUAUUGAAGAUCUGAAGGGCAAAGUGAUUGGGGCGCAAGCCUUUUCUGACUUUGCCGGAGCACAGGCACAGUUCUACAUGAUGCAGAAAGAAGGAAUCAAUCCCCUGAUUGAUGCCAAACAGGUCAUAUUCACAGGUAACAACGAAGAUACGAUACAAGGUAUUCUUGACGGAAGAUGGGACGUUGGAUUUGUUCGAACCGGGCAAGUGGAGCGAACCAUGGAUCCAUCCACUGGCCAAUUGGUCGAUCCAAGUCUUGUAAAGGUGAUUGCUCCGAGAAUCCAUAUCAUGGAUGGUGGCGAGCUCUUUCCAUUUCUGCAUUCGACACCCGUUUUUCCCGAGUGGCCAUUUGCUGCCAAGGAUACCGUGGACCAUAUCGUUGCAGAAGAAGUCGGUGAUGCACUGAUGGCUCUCAAUAAACAUGCAACUAUUGGCCAACUGAUUGUCGAGUGUCAAGAAGCAGCAACAACACAAGCGGAAAGAAACAUUUGCGAUACUUCACCACCAGAGUAUUUCGACCCAAAUGCAAGAUGUGAUACCUCGAGAGAACUUGCCACUCUGGCAUACAAUGCAGGGUUGGCAGGGUUUCAUGGCGGGUUCCACUCGCCGAGGUCUCACUUCCAUGUCCGAACGAUGCAACAAGACGGUGGCUUCAUCAUUCAGGACGCUAAAGGGAACUCGCGUUGCGAACGCAACUCCAAGUAUUACAAUGGUAUCAUUUGUCCCGACGGAUAUUAUAAGGUCUCGGAAGACAUCUUCGAUACACAGUGCCAAGCCAAAGGGCUCUCUUGUCAGGAUGGAUACUCAUGCUACUGCCAACCAUGCAUCCAGGCGUUCGAUGUUAACGUAUUUCCGUGGAAGAGCGAAGAUGAAUCAUCUAAUUUCAGUCAAGAAUCUGGAUGCUAUAAAAUGAGUCUCUGUGGGGUCGUCCAACAAAGAAAAACUGCAGUCUUUCGGGCCUUUGACAAUCUUCGACGUACAAAUGCAACGAUGGCAGUCAAAAGCCAUGUGGGCGAUUUGGAAACACAUAUUUUGACACGCGAAGUCGAGCCCUUCCUCUAUGAAUUCGAAUUUUCUCAACCGAAUACUGGUGUUAGCAUUCUGGAGAUCUUUGUCGAUGAGGAGCAGAUUCCAGAGUCCCCUAUUCAGGUACAGGUCGUCGAUCGUGAUUGUGAAGCUGCAUACCCUGGCGAAAACAGGAUUCCGGAUGCUCUCGGCGAAUGUGUUUGCCCUUCAGGUACAGUGGAGAUCGAUGGAGUGUGUACUUCCAACGAUGCUCAUGAAGUCAGCGUGUACCCCUGGGUGGUCGAUGGCGAGCAUACCUCAAUGAAGAUCACUCAUCAAUCUGGUUGUCGGAAAAUGAAUCUCUGCGGAGCUGUACCACAGACAAAAGAGAUAAGAUUCAAAGCACAAGACAACAGAAAGCGGAACAAUGCUACCGUCACAGCUCUGAUGCAUAUUGGCCAAGAGGAACGGUUCUUGUCUGUGAUCGAAACGGAUUCAUACUCGUACGAGUUUGGGCUCAGUCACAAUGAAAGAGGAGUGGCCAUCUUGGAGAUCUUUGUGGAUGAAGUUCAAAUUCCGGAUUCUCCCAUUCGGGUGGAGAUCACCAGCAGAGACUGCAACACUGAUUUCCCUGGACAGCGUAUGAUUCCGAGUGAUCUUGGUGUCUGUGAGUGUUCAGAUAGCACCAUUAUGAUUGGAGAAGAAUGCGUGCCCCUUGGUACAUUUACUGCCAUCAUGGCAGCCAUUGGAGGACUUAUUGGCUUCUUAAUCGUCUAUUGCUACCUCGGAUACCGAAGAAAGAAGAGCGACGAGGUAUGGCACGUCAAUCCAGAAGAGUUGGACUUUAGUCAUCCUGUCGAAGUAAUUGGUCAGGGCGCAUUUGGUGUCGUGAUUGCUGCAGAAUAUCGAGGAACCCGAGUGGCCAUCAAGCGUGUUAUCCCUCAACAAGACGUCGCGAGGACCCGAGCUGGCUCUCUGCCAAGCGUAGCUGGUAGCGUGGUUUCUGGUUCAAUUGUUUCUCAGGAUGGCCCAGGCGAUGUGGAAACUGGAGCAGAUAGUCCAAAGACUACUACAAUGAGCGACAGUCGAGAAUCGGCACUAAGUGACUCAAAUCUAUCAGACUUAUUAGCUAUGCCAUUUGAUCGAAAGAAGUCGCGACUUUCAAAGUGGUUACCAUUCCAGGAUUCAAUGAGUCGAUCCAAACUGACCAUACUAGGCAAUGCAUCCGGGGGAUCCACAACCCACAAGUCUCUGCGUUCUAGAUUGUUUUUCAGAUGUGACGAGACAUACCAACGACAGCAAGAGUUCAAAGCGGAGAUGCGUUUGCUAUCGAGACUCCGUCAUCCUUGUAUUACAACAGUGAUGGGUGCCGUCAUGGCUGGCGACUCCCCCAUGAUGGUAAUGGAAUGCAUGGAAAAUGGAUCGCUCUACGAUCUCUUGCGAAAUGAGACAUUGUAUACUGGAGGCGAGAUCAUCAUGCAAAUCGUUAGAGACGUUGCCCAAGGUCUUCGCUUUCUGCACGCAUCCAAGCCUCCAAUAUUGCAUCGCGAUUUGAAGGCUAAGAAUAUCCUCAUCGACUCUCGGUUCCGUGCUAAGGUUGCAGACUUUGGCUUGUCCACAAAGAAUAAAAAAAGUCUCUCUGGCACGCCGUUCUGGAUGGCUCCGGAAUACAUUCUAGGCAAGACGGAAUACACACCUUCAUGUGAUAUCUACGCCUUCGGUAUGAUCAUCUACGAGAUCUACAGUCGCAAGAUCCCAUAUGAAGGUCAAAACCCACGAAAAGUCUUACACAAGGUUUGCGAUCCUCGAAUCAACUAUCGACCGCAAGUCCCAGAUACAUGCCCCAAGCGGAUGACGGAGAUCAUGAAGAAAUGUUGGAGUAGUAACACUCGAUUCCGUCCAGAGUCCAAAGAUCUGGACAUGAUCUUCGCCGACAUGAGCUCCCACGAUGCGGAACCAUUGAUCGAUCAAAAUAACACUCGUCUCCGAACAGAAGUAGCUGCUGGUGAUAUGUUGUAUCAGGUGUUCCCAAAGAAGGUCGCUGACCAGCUCAAACUCGGCCAGAAGGUGGAGCCGGAGACCCACAACAAUGUGACAGUCUUUUUCAGCGACAUUGUUCGAUUCACCGAUAUUUCACGUUCACUUGCAGCAGUCAAAGUUUGCGAUAUGUUGGAUCGUUUGUAUCUUGCAUUUGAUGCUUUGGCAAAUAAGCACGAAGUAUUCAAAGUCGAGACCAUUGGUGAUGCCUGGGUUGGAGUGACAAACUUGGAAGAGAACCAAAACUCUACCCAUGCGAAGCGCAUCGCUGAGUUCGCCAUUGACGCAGUUGCGGCAGCCAACAACGUCCUGAUUGACGUUGACGAUCCAUCUGCAGGGUGUAUACACAUUCGAGUAGGUUUCCAUUCGGGUCCAGUUGUCAGUAAUGUGAUUGGGUCGCUGAAUCCUCGAUACGCUCUGUUUGGAGAUACCAUGAAUACAGCAUCUCGAAUGGAGAGUCUCUCAACUAGCGAUCGGAUCCAAUGCAGUGAGGCCUCGGCUCGAAUCUUGAAAGAGCAGGCGCCCGAUUUUCCAAUGCGACGUCGUGGUAAGGUAGCCGUGAAAGGAAAAGGACACAUGGUUGCCUAUUGGAUCGGUUCUGAACCAAAGCGCGAAAGGAGUCCAAGCCGUCCGAAAGGCUUUGAUGAUAAACCCAUAGUCGAAUUUGAGGCAGACGAAGAGGAGAGGGGGAAGCGUAGAAUAUUCCGCAAACGCAAACCCAAAAGAGUUAAUAUGGCGGGUGAAAUGGAAGAGGACCCAUCGAACUCGGCCCCCAGCAUAUUGCGAAAAUCAGUAAUGAAAGGGAGAGACAAUGCUCAACCUCUCAGUUUGUCUUCACGGACAGCAUCCUUUUCUUCGCAAUAG